GGGUGGGGGAGUUAGUGGGAGAUACCGAGUGCCUGUAACAUGGCGUCGGAGGGUGCCACCAUCCCGCAGCUAGUGGAGAGUAUAACACAGAGCAGCCCCGCUGCUGCCAGUUGUAGCGUGCCCAUGGCGGGGGGUGACAUUAGUAGUAAUGUACACACCACCAUCCCCUGCCAGACAGGUGAGUGUGAGUGAGCCCCAGCAGUCAUACACUCGGGGAGCCGGCUAGGCCCAGGGCCCCCAGGGGCCACAAUACGGCCCACAACACGGCCCUGCCUUCCUGGGCCUCUGCUGUGCUGUGAGAGCAGUGAGAGGGGAGACACACCGGCCAUGGCUGCCUAGAGGACAGGCUGGAUGGAAAUAUACUCCAUAUUAUAUACACCGUGCUAUAUACUGCAUAUACACCAUGCUAUAUAUACUAUGCUAUAUACUGCAUAUACCAUAGUAUAUAACUGGACAGGCUGGAGAUAUACACCAUAUACACUGUGAUAUACUCCAUGCUAUAUAUACUAUGCUAUAUACUGCAUAUACACCAUGCUAUAUAUACUAUGCUAUAUACUGCAUAUACCAUAUUAUAUAACAGGACAUGCUGGAGAUAUACACCAUAUACUCCAUAUACACUGUGAUAUACUCCAUGUUAUAUACACUAUGCUAUAUACUGCAUAUACACUGUUAUAUAUACUAUGCUAUAUACUGCAUAUACCAUAUUAUAUAACUGGACAGGCUGGAGAUAUACACCAUAUACUCCAUAUACACUGUGAUAUACUCCAUAUUAUAUACACCGUGCUAUAUACUGCAUAUACACCAUGCUAUAUAUUCUAUGCUAUAUACUGCAUAUACCAUAGUAUAUAACUGGACAGGCUGGAGAUAUACACCAUAUACUCCAUAUACACUGUGAUAUACACCAUGUUAUAUACACUAUGCUAUAUACUGCAUAUACCAUAGUAUAUAACUGGACAGGCUGGAGAUAUACACCAUAUACUCCAUAUACACUGUGAUAUACACCAUGUUAUAUACACUAUGCUAUAUACUGCAUAUACCAUAGUAUAUAACUGGACAGGCUGGAGAUAUACACCAUAUACUCCAUAUACACUGUGAUAUACACCAUGUUAUAUACACUAUGCUAUAUACUGCAUAUAGUAUAUAACUGGACAGGCUGGAUGGAAAUAUACUCCAUGUACUCCAUGUUAUAUACUCCAUAUUAUAUACACUAUGCUAUAUGCUGCAUAUACCAUAUUAUAUAACAGGACAGGCUGGAUGGAAAUAUACUCCAGAUUAUAUACACCAUGCUAUAUACUGCAUAUACACCAUGUUAUAUAUACUAUGAUAUAUACCAUAGUAUAUAACUGGACAGGCUGGAGAUAUACACCAUAUACUCCAUAUUAUAUACUGCAUAUACCAUAGUAUAUAACAGGACAGGCUGGAUGGAAAUAUACUCCAUGUACACCAUGCUAUAUACUGCAUAUUAUAUACUCCAUAUUAUAUACACUAUGCUAUAUGCUGCAUAUACCAUAUUAUAUAACUGGACAGGCUGGAGAUAUACAACAUAUACUCCAUAUUAUAUACUGCAUAUACACUGUGAUAUACUCCAUGUUAUACACUAUGCUAUAUACUGCAUAUAUCAUAUUAUAUAACUGGACAGGCUGGAGAUAUACACCAUAUACACUGUUAUAUAACAGGAAGGGCUGGAGAUAUACAGAGCUAUACACCAUGUUAUAUACUAAAUGUUAUAUAACAGGAGAGGCUGGAGAUAUACAGAGCUAUACACUAGGUUAUAUAUUCCUGGUUAUAUAUAUUCCAUGUUAUAUACACUGUUAUGGCUCAGUAAAUCUCCCCCAGUCAUGUGUGUACAGGAAGGCCAUGGCUGCCUAGAGGAGAGGCUGAAGAUACAGAGCUAUACACCAGGUUAUUUAACAGGAGAGGCUGGAGAUAUACAGAGCUAUACACCAGGUUAUAUAUUCCAUGUUAUGGCUCAGUAAAUCUCCCCCAGUCCUGUGUGUACAGGAAGGCCAUGGUUGCCUACAGGAGAGGCUGGAGAUAUACAGAGCUAUACACCAUGUUAUAUACUAAAUGUUAUAUAACAGGAGAGGCUGGAGAUAUACAGCGCUAUACACUAGGUUAUAUAUUCCUGGUUAUAUAUUCCAUGUUAUAUACACUGUUAUGGCUCAGUAAAUCUCCCCUAGGCCUGUGUGUACAGGAAGGCCAUGGCUGCCUACAGGAGAGGCUGGAGAUAUACAGAGCUAUACACCAUGUUAUAUAUUCCAUGUUGUAUACACCAGGUUAUGGCUCAGUAAAUAUCCUAGCACUGUGUACACACAUAGUUCUGCCUAUUGGAGGGCCUGGAGAUAUACAGAGUUAUAUACCAUGUAUGAUGGUAAGAUAGAUAUAUAUAUAUAUAUAUAUCUAACAUACGUACACACACACACUAUUUUUAUGGCUCAGUAAGUUUCCACAGCAGCCUUUUGUGUACAGAAAGGCCUGGCAGUCUCCUCAGCAGUAUUUGUUUAUGAUUUUUGCCAUUUUUCUUUAUAAGCCCCUUGUAUGUACAUAGAAGCCCAUGGGAGUUUCCCAUGUAAUACCAUAUACAGGGCUUUUCCAGAUACAUCUAAGGUGCUUCAUGUGGAUAAAUCUCAUCUUUUAUGCAUAAAGUAUGGAUUACAUUAUGGUAUUGAUGAGAUUUAACAUUAAGCAUUCUAAAUGACAGUAUUUGGGUUGGUUCCUGUUUUUUUGACUCGCCUUCUGUGUUUAUACAUAGGUUCCACCCUAAUGUCACUGUAGAGAUAUUAUGUAUCUUGCCUUCUUACAUAUCUACAGGCUAGGACUUGAGUAGGCAUUGUACGGCAAUGAAGAUGUUGUGGACCACGUCUCCUUUACUGCUCUUGCAGCCAUAAUACUGGCAAAGCAUCAUGGGAGACGUAGCCCACAACAUGGAGUCCCUAUCGUUGCCUACCCCUGAGCCAGAUGAUUUUAAGAGAAAGGUAAUCUCGUAUUUUAAUGUUUUUAUUUCCAAUGUGAGGAUCCAGAGCUCUAAAUGCCUUAUCCUUAUUAAAAAUAGACUUAAAGGGAAACUCCAGUGCCAGGAAAACAAUCCGUUUUCCUGGCACUGCAGGUUUCCUCCCACCCCCCAAUCCCCGGUUGCUGAAGGGGUAAAAACCCCUUCAGUAACUUACCUGAGGCAGCGACGAUGUCCCAUGCUGCUGCUCCUCUGGAUUGCGUUGGCCAGUGGGCGAGACUGAUCCCUCCCACCGCCCGGGGAGACCUAAUGCGUAUGCGUGGCGAUGCCACGCAUGCGCAUUAGCGCUCCCCAUAGGAAAUCAUUGAAAAUACAUUUCAAUGCUUUCCCAUGGGGAAAUGAGCGACGCUGGAGCACAGGUUUCCUGUGCUAGAAACCAGGAAGUGCCCUCUAGAGGUGGAGUUAACCCUGCAAGGUAAUUAUUGCAGUUUAUAAAAAAACUGCAAUAAUUACACUUGCAGUGUUAAGAGUAGUGGGAGUUGGCACCCAGACCACUCCAAUGGGCAGAAGUGGUCUGGGUGCCUGGAGUGUCCCUUUAAGAAACAAAUUUCUGCUCCUAAUACUAACUUAAAAAAAACACAAAUACGAAUUUACCAAUAAAUAAAAUGUGACAUCCAACAUAUUGUGUUUGCAGUGGAGAGAUUGCCUUGUAAUACUUUACUUUGUGGGUUUAUUCAUUAAACUCCAAGUUGUAGUAAAUUGGGGAAUUUUCACACAUGUAGCUCUCAGCUCGUUGGCUGGUAGUGAUCAGCUGACGUUCUCAGCCAAUAAGCUCAGGAGAGGUAAUGGAAGCUCUUAGCGGGGCAGGGCUCACAUAUGACAUGGAUAAACGCUAAAAUUGGGAUGCUAUAAAGACCUCCUGCAUCCUCACACAAGUAAUAUCAAGUGAAAGGAUGGUGUAGUACUCUUCACAAGUUGUGAGAUGUCUUUUUUUUUUUUUAGUUAAUUGCAGAAAACACACAAAUGGCAAUGUUGCAAUUUGUGUGUUUCCUUCAAUGCACUAAAUCAGGGCUGUCCAACAGAUAGAUCCCCAGAUGUUGUAGAACCACAACUCCCAUGAUGCUUUGCAUGCCUUUUAGAAUGACAAAGCUUUGUGGGAGUUGUAGUUCUACAUCAUCUGGGGAGCUACCUGUUGGGCAGCCCUGCGACUAAAUAAAACACCUCAGAACUUUUGCAGAGUGCUAGACCAUUCUUUCACUUCAAAUUACUGAAGUGGUGCUGAUCCUUGGAGUGUUCCUUUACUUUUAGUCUCCGUUUUACCAUUCUGCCUUCAAUUUGCUGCUUUUUAGAGUUUAGCACGUGUGCAAAUUUCCCUAGAAUUUCUGUACAAGUAGUUAGUGAAUAUAAACCCCAUUAUUUUAUGGGUAUCUAGUGAGAAAUACAGUGCAGCUUCCUAUAAUUUAGAAUUAGGAACCCUAAGGUAUUGUAUGUAAAUUAGACGCUUAUAUACUUUGUGCAGCAUGCAGUUGGGGAGCUUCUAAAAUCAUAUCUAGCUUUGGUAGAAGAAAUUUCCCUCAGAUUUUCAUAUGUUGCUCCUUACUAUAAGAUUAUAGCUAUAGUUGUAAUUAAUUCUUUGUUCCCCUGGGAUUAUGUAUGAAAAGAGAUUAGGAGACCCUUGGUUCUAAUUAUGGGUAAUUUGAAACUGAAGAGGAGUUAUAAGUAUGUAAAUAACAUGAAACUGGAUUCCUCAGACCGCAUGUGCUUUUUGAGUGAGUAUAUUUGGAGCAACAAGUCUCAUGGGUCAGAGCUACCCUGAGCCCAUUCACAUUACUAAUAGUGGAUUGCAGCAGUAGCAAUUUGUAAAAAUCGCUGCUGCUAUAAGACAGCACAAAGCAAAAAACAUUUAAAGGGACUAUUUGGGCACCAUAACUUCAUGUAAAUUAUUUUUUUUUUUUUUUUUUUUAAUGUUGCCAGAAUGGGUUAAACUGUUCUCAACCUCACCCCAAAGUUUUCUCCAAUGUCGAUCUCAACUACCCCCAGGCGGCAUCCCGCUCCUGAAAUUUCAGUUUCAGAAAGUGCAGCAUGCUGCCAGGCAGGGGCAACACUGAUUGGCUGAGAGAAACAUAAGAGUGCACUCUGGAACCUCCUGGCACCAUAACUUCAUUUAGAUGAAGUUGUUGUGGUGCCUGGAGUGUUCCUUUAAUUCUGACCUUCAUUGGUGAGAGCCAAACCACAAACUGCACUUUGGUUGUCCAAUGCAAAGCUGGUAGUGAAACACAGUCCUGUUCACUACACAGUGAACAGGGAUGUGAAUAAACUGUGGUGCUAACAGUUUAUUGAGCAGUUCCAAUUAUCCCAUGUAAUGAUUAGAACAACUAUUUGUGAAUAAACCGCUUAUCCUGUAAAGAACAGCUAGACAGAAUUUUAUGGGAUAAGACCAUCCUGGUGUGGGAGAGGUCUGCCAGCAGGUAACUUUAAGUUUUUUUUUUAUGUAACAUGUUUUCUAAUGCAUUAAAAUAUAUGGCAUAUUGUUAACACUUGAGGACUAACCCUUUAACACUUUAAGCCUGGGACUUCACUGUGAGCUCUCCUUUCUCCCUUUAAAACACAUGACCUAAUAAAAUCGACAUUGCCUCUGAAGGCUUCACCUUAACUUAGAGCCUAGUAUAUUAGUACGGUAUAAAAGCUAAAUGAUGUACACAGGUGAAAAGGCAUAUAUCUCGUCUAUUUAUUUUUUAUACUGAAAAGUCCUAAUGUAUUCACACUUCCCAUUAAUAGAAGUAUGCAGUUUAUCAUGUCCAAAUGCCAUAUUCCACAGCAAGUAUAGCAAAGGUGACAAUAUUGCUCUUUAUAAAAAUGUGCACUUAGCAGGGCUAAGAUAUUUUUAUUGCAUUCUUGCUGUAUACAUUUUAAUAUGCAUACCUGGAAAAAGAUAUGAACACCCUAGCUGCAGCAAAAGCAAUGUUUUUAUUAAAGUGCAAGUUGUAUGUCAUUUUACCUGUUUGCAGAAGUUAUAUUUGACAUUAAUGCUAUUCAGCAGCAUUCAGCUUGUUGAAAAUAAGUCAGGACCUGUCCUGAAUCCUAUAUUUUAAUUUUUUAUUUUAUUUUUACAAAAAUCCUAUGUAAGGUCGUUUUACAGAUAACUUUCACCCCUGCUAGCAAUUUAAGGUCUGGCAAUUUCGUGGUUAAUUUUCCUUUAAACAAAAAACAACCAACCAAAAAACAUAUAAUUAAAGGAACACUAUAUUGUUAGGAAUACAAACAUGAAUUCCUAAUGCUAUACUGUUUUCCCACCUAUGUAGGUGGCCACCCCUAACUAAGAUAAUCAAUCUCAAUGAUUUCAGCCAAUCCAGUGCUUCCCCGUAGAGAAGGAUUGGGAGGCUAAUGCGCAUGCAUGCACGCUGUUCUAGCUAUGGAAGCAACUCUAGGUACAGACGGUUUUUCUGCAAAGCUGCAAUUUUUUCAGUUGCAGGGAUAAACAGACAGGGGCGUUGCACACAGGCCACUUUAUUGCAAUGAAGUGGUCUCGGUUUUUGUCGAGUCCCUUUAAAGGAACACUCCAAAUACCGUUACCACUGCAGUCCACUAUAGUGAUUAUGGUGGCAGAAGUGCCCUGGUACCAUCUCAUAGUAAGUAGUCAAACCAUUUUAGUACUGUUGGACAGCUUACCUGUGUCCCGUGGGCAACCAUACCUGUAAGAGAAGCUGUAUGUCUCCAUACAAUAAAGCAAAUCGAUGCAAUAGGUGCUUUCAGCUGAUACGUGUUCUCCUGCAUCUCCCUGCUUAUGCUCUAUAGAGCAAUCUUAAUUCUCAGGCAGGAGAAGACCGAAAGCUGGUGUGCAGCUGGACACGGGUAAGUUGUGAAACCAUGCGAAAACUGUUUGGCUACAUACCAUGCAAUGGCGCCGGGUCGUUCAGCACCAUAACCACUACAUCAAGCUAUAGUGAUUAUGAUUCUUAUUACUCCUUUUAAAUUUCCAUAUAGUCCAACUUUUAAUGUAUAAUAUAGAUAAAAACAUAUGACCAAAUGUUAAUUCCCUGAUUUUGCUUCACAUCACUACAAUUUACAGUUGCUUCAGUGAUAUCUUUCGGACAGUUCUCACUAGUAGAUUCUAUAGGACAGCAGAGCACACAUCAAACCCUCACUGUUCCUUGCUAGAAACUUUAAUAUAUGUAAAAUCUUGAAUGAAACUGCAUGUCCUGCAGAUGCAACACCUAGUUUCUGUCAGUUUACUGUUGGCACCAUUCAUGCUUUUUAAAGAGUGUAGCAACCAAGUAAGCGCAUGGCUGCUGCACGGUUUCCUUGGUCUCUAUGAAGAAGCUAAUAAGAGUACUUGUUGGCUUUCUCACUUAUAGAAUAAUAGAGGAGAGCAGGAGAUCCAUCCUAAAGGCUGCUCUCUGUUUCUUUGUUGUCAUGUAGACAUCUACAACAAGAACUGCUGCAUUUAAAAUAUAUAUAUAUACAUUUGCUAGCAUUACUGCUAAGACAAUGUGUCAUUGAAAUUUAAUUUAAACCCAUGUUGGGUGUACCAUGACAAGUAUGGUUUAAAUAAAGCAAGUAAAAUAUAGUUUCUUGGAGUAUUGUACUAUUUCUCACAGUUUAAAAUUAAGGUUUUUGUUUUUUAUUUGUGGGUGUGAUUAGAUGAUCCAUGUUGGGCAUCAUAAUAGUGAGAAUGGUCUCAGCCAAUGAAUGGUGAUGACCACAGUUAGUUUUUCUUGGUCUGGAGAAGCUGCAAGUGCAUCACUGGACCACUAGGGAAUGUUGGAGCCCUGUGCGGAUCUAGAUAACUGCCACUAAACAGUUUGCCCUAUUUCAGAGUUACAGAGCCAGGGUACUCCUGGCAGCACAUUCAUUACACAGGACUGUAAUGGUUAUGAUUCUUGGAAUAACCAUUUCCUCUAUGAAUUUACAGCGUGACUGUUAUGGUUUAUUUCUGGAUCCAGCUUAUCUGGAAAUUUUCUCUGUCUAUAAACACCAUUGCAAUAAUCCAAGCACCAUGACCACUUCAGUGACUGGAAGUCAUUAUGCAAUCUGUAUUCAUUGGCUGAGAAUGGUCAACUGCUCUGCAGAAUCUAGAAGUGCUUUAGUGGACCACAAUGGUGCCUCGGAGCCUAGUGUGGACAUAAAUAAGGGGGCAAACCAUUACUAAACAAUUUGCCCCAAUACAGAGGAACCAAGCCAGGGGAAUCACUACAGAGGGCUAAACUGGUUAUGAUGCUUGGAAUAACCCUUUCCUCUAUGAGGUUUUGUUGUUUUAGUCUAUUCCUGGACCAAGCAUAUCUGGAGAGUGUUUCUCUGCACCUAUCCAUAAACACCAUAGUGGUGCAUCUUCAGGAAUGUUUCAUGAAACUCUCAUGUCCUGCAGUGUUUACCAGUUAGAGUAGAUGCAGCAAAAUAUUUUUCAUCUGCCAAUUUAUAGCAGCAACAAAUUUCACACGUCAUAAUAAAACAUUUCCGUUCAAGAAAGGCUAAAAGUACAUUAUGCAACUCCUUGCACUGGUGUGUUUGUCUUAUGAAUAAUGGUGAGGCCGACAAAUUCUCUCAGCCAUUGUUAGAGUGCUGUGGAAAACAGACAUAUUAUCUUAUGUUGUGCCAGUUGAUCUAUGUAGGAUACCAUGUGAUCCUUCAUAGACCUUGUCAUAUGCAUGCAGUAGUGUUUAGUAGUCCUAUGGCUCCUGGCAGGUCAAAAAAUAGGAGCUGCAGAAAGAAGGGUCCUCCGUGGAGAGAUUCAGCUAAGUAUCACUACAUUCUGCUCCACCCCUGGCUACCGCACAGAAAGCGAGCAUGCACCUUAGGGGAUCUUUACAGAAUAUAUAAAGAUCCCCAUAGGUAACAGAGUCUCUUUAAAUGAUACUAAAGUGAACAUGUCAUUCAAAGUUUUGCUUCCAUGAAAUCGUUCCCAUAUACAUUUAAUACACCAUGUAUCACAAAGAUAUGUGGUGCAAUAUAAGUUUUAAUUUGUGGGGUAAUAGCUUCUUGAUCCAAGGAGAUAUCUGACUGCCAUUCUGGGGUCAAGAUGGAAUGUUUUUCCUAGUUUGUUGCAAAAUUGAAAGCGCUUCAGACUGGGUUUCUUGCCUUUUUUUUUUUUUUGACGGCAAAAACAAAUGUGAGAGGCUGAACUUGAUGGUUAUAAGUCUCUCUUCAACUAUGUAACUAUAUAUUCAGUGUAAUAUAUACAGAUUUACUAAUUUUUCCUCGGUUCCAGCGCUGGCAUCUUCACGCUUUGUUGGUGUUAACACCCACCUUCAGUCCAUCCUAAACUCUUCCCGCAGUCUUCUUUGAUUUGCCCAGCUUGGGACACAUCCCCAAGCAGGGCAAACCUCGCCAGUGACGUUGGCGUACUGGCUUCGAAACGGAGUGACAUCAUGCCUAUUAAAUGUCACUCUGUUUCUAUACUCCAUAGCCAGCACAAGGUGCUCCAGCUAGAGAGUUUCCAUGGCAACCACAUCUGAUUUGCUACGGUUGCUAUGCGUAGAGAACAGAGGGACCUCCUGUGGUAAGUAUUUUCUGCUGUCCCCUGUUUUUUUUUAAUAGUUUUUUCUACUAAUAUAUACUUUUGAUAGCAAAACUGCUAGCAUAUUGUAUAGAUGGAAUUUAAUGAGCAUAGGUUGUUUGGGACAUGACAGGUACCCUUUAAAUCAAUACUCCAGGCAGAUGGACAAAUUAUAUGUGUACUAAAGCUUAGGCUAAGAUACCAUACUUUACUUAAACAUGAAUUGUUACUUCCAGAGACACUUCCUCGUUCCCUCAACCCAGUAAAUAUUUUUUGGCUUGAAUAGAACUGCUAAGGUAAGCAAAAUCCUUACUUACCUCUUGUGAACUUCUACAUUUUAGAGGCUUCACCGCCAUCAAACAAAAAUUUCAUAUGCAUGCAGGUGUUCACUUGGAAUUGUUUAUCGCAAGCCGUAUACACGUCUGCUCUCAUUGUACAGCACUGCUGGCGUUAACUAAUUUGAAUACUUUAGUCAACCAAGUAUGUAGGUUAAGGGGGAAAAAACAUUUUUAACUUUCUGCGCCACUCAGCCAACUUUUAGCUGGUAUAAUUGAGGAAAUUUAGUUAGUUAUUCUUUAAAGGUUACCUGUCACUUCCCAGUGUGUUUUUUUUUUUUUUUAAUAUUGUGCUUACUUACCACUAUAUUUAUCAAAUAUGUAUUUGUAAGGCCUGAGAAAUUUAAUAUAGGAAUCUUUACCUCUUUGUCAAUCAUUGUUCUAACUCACUCCCUAUGCAUACAAACUGCUUGAGAAAAGUGUGUACCAUUUAUGCGUGAGGAGCUACUGAUAGGCUUAGAUCGUCAGCUGACCACUCUAAGUCAGUUAUCUGCGCCCCUGCCUGGCAGGUUUCUCUAGCUGAUUCUCUAAAAGCAGACGUGGACAGGGAGAGCGAGGAACGGCGCUGGAGAGUAAAUUUUGGGGUUAAAUUGUUUGUGAAUAGUUUCACCCCUAAAGUAAGGAAGCACCAGGAACCCCCAGGCUCCGUAACAACUCAUUUUGAUUAAGUUGUUGUGGUGCACUGACUGUUCCUUUCAUACAAAUUUAAAAGAAAACAGCAUCUUGGGGAAACAAGAUUAGCUCAAGUUUAUGUGACUUUUAUUGUUUUAAUAGUGUAAAUUCCACAGUAGUGACAUAUCUACUUUAAUAUGUAUCCUGGAAGAUGGUCAGGUUAUGCAGAGUAUAACUCCACCAUCAACUUUAAUUUGCAACAGAAUAUUGACUGCCAAACACAGUUUGAAUUACCCUGUUUAUUCAGAAACUCAGAAAAAUUGAAAUGUGACCAGUAAAAUUUAGGCUAAAGUAUACACUGGUCAGUGCCUUCUGGCUGUGGUCAGUUAAAAGCGAAAUGUGGUAACCUUUAAAAUGCUAAGCACACCUACCAGUGUGUAUCAAUAUAAUUUCUGAUACUAUAGUGCUGGUUUGGCUGUUUUAGGUGACCUGAUCACUCUGAAAAGAUGAUUUUACUCACCUUUUUUUCCCCACGACGUGCCGGUUUCGCCCCGGGUGGCUUCGCCUCCAUGGCUGAGAUUAUCGACUUUAUGAUCUCAGCCAAUUUAAUGCUUUCCCUUAUGAGAGGGAUCAGUCUGAUAUGCCAUGGAUUAGAUUCAAUGGAUUACCAAAAGGCAAGCUACUGGUUUUAUCUAAGCUUUUGUCUGUUCCCACAGUGCUUAUAUUCUCUAUUUUACCCACAGCAAAUAAUGAAUGACCUUAUGCGCAUGCACUGCAAAACGCCACGGUUCGCCAAUCACCAUCUCCUCAUAUAGAUGCAUUGAAUCAAUGCAUCUCUAUGGGGAACGUUCAGUGUCUCCAUACAAAGUGUGGAGACACUGAAUGUCCGUCACACUGUGCAGUGCUGCAUGGCGAAGCACCUCUAGUUGCUGUCUGAGUGACUGCCACUAGAGAUGUUACUUGGCAUCAAUGUAUACAGUGUUUACAUUGAAAAGCCUGCAGGGACAGGCUGUUGUGCCCCUUUAAAGGAACAAGACAUUGUUUUCUUUUCCCAAACAAUUUAGUUGAAAUGACUCCAAAGAGAGCGUGCAUGUUUUCUAAAACUGCAGCCUUUGCAAGCCUUUCCCCUUUUUCCCUGACACAGACUUUGUGUUCGUGAAUACGCCAAUCCGUCUUCUCUGUGCUGUAGCCAAGAGUAUGCACGCAUACUCUGCUUUCCUAUGCUUCUCAAUAAGCUGUAAUACAGCACACUGAGAAGAGGGAAAAGUAGGCACGGGCUAGCCAGCACACCUGCCACUAUAUUAGUUCCUGAGAGCAUUGCGGAAAAGUAAGAAAACCUCUGGCUUUCUGAGUGACAGCCCUGGAUGUGUUUCUGUCCCCAGUUGUUAAAGUGCUCCUUUCUAUUGAACUUUAAUAAACUGUCACACAUGAUGGACUCCAGACACAUAAAGCACUUCAGCAAGCUAUGCAUGGAGUGUUCCUUUAAAUACAUCUGUUGGCCCUCUACAAUCUAAGCAAGCAACUUUCCAUAAAAAUAAGUUGGUGAAUUAUAAACAAAAACUUAAAGUAGUUCAGGAACAAUGCCAAUUUCCAUCUCAUAUUAAAAUGUAAGCCGUGAUAGCUGCACUGCAUUGAUAGAUAUGUUGAAUGUUGUUCAUGUUUAAAAAAAAUAAAUAAUGAAAUGCAGAGAAACAAGCAGAUGCUUAUAUGGAUGGAUAAAUCAUUUCAAAAUAUUACAACAUACGACUCCCUUUUCCAAUCCAUCACUGUAUUCUGCUAUAAGAGAAGACUUUCUACACUGACACUCAGGGUUCCUUGCAUGUGCCUCGUUUUAACAAAUAACUGUAUCUACUGCUGAAAAUGUAUCUAUUCUUCUGGACUUCUGUUUAUCUCCAUACCUCAAAUUACAGCAGAUCCUUCACAAAAACCAAUAAAUAGGUAUCGUUCACGUUGUGUGAUAAUUCUGACCUUAUUUUUUAGCAAAUCAAGACAAAGUUUCACUGUCUAUAUGUAUAACCCUCAGUUUUCUCCUGUAAAUUUAGAUUUCUCUAAAUUCACAGUGUGCACAGAAUUGCUGUUUUCACCCAAAUUGAAUAUGCUAAUUAAGCACACCAUGUUUUUAGAACAUUUUUGUUAACCCAUACAAGGCAAACUAUGUAGUGAAAAAGGUACAGGGACACCAUAGUUAACAGAACAACUGCAGCUUAUUGUAUUUGUUCUGGUGAGUAUAAUCAAUCACUGCAGGCUAUUUACACUGCCAUUCAGUGUCUCCACCCUCUGCAUGGAGACACUGAACUUUCGUUAUAGAGAUGCAUUGAUUCAAUGCAUUUCUAUGAGGAGAUGCUGAUUAGCCAGGUCUGUGUUUGACUUAUGCUGAUCUGCCUCCUUGACAGUCAUUGUGAUUGGCUGAGAUCAACACUUCUGAUAAUAUCAGCCAAUCAGGCAGAUCAGGGGUAGAGCCAGCAGCAACUUGCUGGAGUAAAAGUAAGAUUUUGCUAUAUCUAGGGGGGCAAGUAUAGGCCUAGAUGGCGGUUUUAACACUAUAGGGUCAGGGAUACAUGUUCAUGUUUCUUUAACAUUCUAAUUUAAUAAGUGAUGUCUCUGUGUGCUUGUCCCAUGCUGGCAGAGCAAAUAUUACUUGGCAUUUUUUUCAGACACUUUCUGUAGCCUGGGAGUAACCUGGAAAAUUGGGUUGUUUGCUUUUCUUUAAUGCCACCAGUUUACUUCCAAAGGAAUAAAACAUUCCAUAUAAUCAUUGUAUAAUCACAAAUUAGUUUAUUCUCUAAGCGCUUAAUUGUAGUAAAUUAGAACCUGAAUUGCAAAAGUAUAGCUAGUCUGUGACUGAUAUUUUCCUAGUCAUCUAUUUCGGACUACAUUUUGCAAUUAGUUUUCAAUUCAGAACAGUUUACAGUUUUACACUUACUUGGCUUUCUAGGGUGUCUGCCCUCUUUCCAGUCUGCAGGGCUGUGCUAAAGCAGAAGUUCAUACUUCUUCUGCAUUACCAUACCAACUUUGGAUAGUAUUCAUUGGCAGAGAUGGUCAGCUGACUCUCUUCAACCAGUGAAUCUUGUACAAAGUUGGUAGGUGUUGGUAUGUUGCUGCAGAAGUAUAAACAUCUGCAUUGUGUCCUUUUUUCUCUCUCUCUUCAUUUUACAGAUUUCAAUAGAAAUUGGCAUGUUUAUAAACUAACCGGAGUCGGAGAACUAGAUCCGGUAAAUUCUUGGUAGAUUAGCUCAGUGGAGUUAAACGCAAGAGAUAGCAAUUGCCUAGAGUACCUGCAUUGCAAAGACUUCCCAUUGAGCUACAUUGGGAAGUCUGUGAUUGGACAGCCACAGAAAGUCUGGGUGGGGUUAAAAGGGGAAGGCUUGCAAAGACUUCAAAAGAGAUCUGCAGCUUUUACACACUGUUUAUAUAUAUAUAUAUAUAUAUAUAUAUAUAUAUAUAUAUAUAUAUGUGUGUGUAUAUAUAUAUGUAUGGAAAGGUGGAGCCUGUAGUUGUGGGAGGGGUUUGUCCGGCCUAUAAAUUCACAGCCCUCCCCUUCCUCUGGGCAGAGACUUCCUGGUUCAGCCCACCCACUGCUCCCUUUAUUAAGCAUUCACUUGGUUCAGGCCUACCCGAACGUCGGUUUCGGCACACCACAACCGAUUUGUACCACCACUACUAUAACUCUGCUUAUUGUUCCCGACCACAAAUAAAUAUAUAUAUAUAUAUAUACACAUCCCCAAUGACAACAAGCAUAAUUAGAUGCAUGCAUAUAUUUAUUUUUUAUUGAUUUUUUUUUUUUUUUUUGUGGAGUGUCCCUUAAAGGUUAUCUGUAUUUCUAUUUUAAGUUAUGCUCUUAUGCUCCAAGCCCACAGCAACAUUGUAGACCUAUACAAAAUGUUCUGUGAUUUCUUUUCCCCAAAUUAUUAUUAUUAUUAUUAUUAUUAUUUUUUAUAAAAGCUCAGCAUUGCUUAUUAAAGAGACACUCUGGGCACCAUUAACACUAAAGCUUCUUUUAUGGUGCAAAGAGUGUUUUAGUGCAGUCCUUAUAGUUUUCGUCAAACAUUUUGAAAGUGGUUUAACAGUAAAUAGGGCCUCACAGAAGUACACAAAAAUAUAUAUUUACGCUGGUAUCUAUUGCAUUAAUGGCCGUGGUGCACUGUUUAACUUUAAUGGAAAACUCUAAGCACCAGAACUACUACAGCUUACCGCAAACAGCCUGUCCCUGCACCCUCUCCUUUGUAAACACUGCAUUUUCAGUAGACUUGUGCAGAGAUUUGAUUCAUUUGUCCUGGAAAUAAUUUUGCAUUAAAAGUCUACUUUUUAGUGUUUACAUUAAGCAAGUGUAAUAUUGACAUGUAGGCUAUGCCCACAGGAGUAGUUAUUAAUUUUCCCCCAAGGGUUUCUUAGCAACUGGUGUACACUUCGUCUACAAGUUGAUCUAAUUACCAGAAGCCAUUCCAUAACUAGGAGCAAUUAAGUGCUACUGGGCUGGCCAGGCCAAAUGGAGAGGAGUUUGUGACCCAUUAUUCCAAAUGUGAAUUUGGGCUGUGUGUAAUCCAAGUUUUUGGGAUUAUAUUUAUCAUGUCACCCUCAAUUUUGGCACUUUUCCCUCUUUCGUAAGAAAAUGCAUUAAAAAAAUAAUCACCUUUUGAAGGUCAGAGCUGUUGCUGAAAAUCAUUCAUAGGAUGGGUUAGAGCAGGGUUGUCAAACAUGCGGCCCCCCAGAUGUUGCUGAACUACAACUCCCAUGAUUCCCUGGCUAUCUGUUUCAUUGAAAGAAUCAUGGGAGUUGUAGUUCAGCAACAUCUGGGGGGCCGCAUGUUUGACAACCCUGGGUUAGAGCGUUUAAUAACUAAAAUUGGACUACAUCAGGCCUACAUGGAUGUGUUGUUUAAUACUCUUCAGAGCAGCACAAUACUAAAUACUAGACAGGUUGUGACAAAUAAUGAAUCCAAUGAGUAAAAAAAAUGCUUGAGAUAUUCUUAGUUGGUAACUGUCUGGACUUGUAGAUAUAUGUAAUAAAAAACGAAAAUAACCAAUAAUAGUACAGAUUGUCUGGUGCUAGGUAUAAGACAAACAACAGAGAUAUUUGAGCUAGCACUCACAUUUAAUAGAGCUAUAGACUAACUCUGGGUAAAACAGCAUACAACAGUACAAUCGCCAUAGUAAUCACCAUAUGUAGUUCAAUGGUUCAGUCUCACAGCAUAAUGAUAUUAAUUAUAUAUAUAUAUAUAUAUAUAUAUAUAUAUAUAUAUAUAUAAAAUAUAAAUGCAAACAAUAGUGCUUACUGUGUUUAAAAUCUAUAAACAAAAAAUAGAUAAUUUACUCACAUUUGAAAGAGCAGUGGACACCGUUCAAGUAUUUUUGCUUGUGUUCUUUUAUUUACUUGGUUUUAGCAUCAAAGUAUAUUUUGCAUUCACCUUCCCCAGUGUGUUUGACCAUUUAUUACACUUUUUAUGCUUUUAAGUAUUUUUAUCUUUUUAUUGUUUCUGGCAUGUCUAUUAUCUUUGAAAAACCUACUACACCUUAUCCCUGACGAAGGAUUAUCCUCUGGCCAACUAAGGCGGUUACCAACUAAGAAUAUCUGAAGCAUUUUUAUAUAUUUUUUUAUGCUUAUUGGGCUCAUUAUUUGGCACGACCUGUAUUUAGUAUUGUUCUGUUCUUUCAAUUUGCAUGGGGUUUAAGGUAUCCCUUACACUCAGUGUUUGUAGCCUGCACUUUUAUAUUUAUAGUUUUUACAUUUUAGCACUUGUCUUAUCUUGUGUUUUUAAGUGUAUUUCCUCUUCAGUUCAGCUACUGAUGCUAGCUGCCAUUAGGGCUUUAUUUGUAAUCGGGAGAUCCAAGGUUUUUUUGGGUUUUUUUUCUUUCAUUUGUAAAAAUAUUUUCUUCUAUAGGAGAAACAAGUUAUUUUCAGUCUUGGGCAUUUGUGAAAUACUGAGUACUCAAGCAGUAAGAUUGCCUCUCCAGAUAUAUGAACUCCCAAAGUGUCAAGAUUAGAUUUUAUACUGUAGCUAUACGGUAAGGUUCGAUAUGAGAACAUGUGGAGAAUGGACUUACAGUCAGGGACCAUUAGUAUUUUUGAGGUACGCUUGUAAUAGGAACCUUCUAUCUAUCUGAGAUGCUGCCUUGCAUCUGAUAGAAAAUCAAAAAUGUGUGAUUUAUUCUUUUUUUUUUUUAAUAAAAAGGUCUUAUUUCAAUUGUUUGGAUUUUUUUUUGUUAAAUUAAAUACCUCCAGCCAUUCACACUGGUGAAGGCUAAGUCUAUCAAUCAAUCUAUCAGCAAUAUCAUGAUCGGGUGUAUUUUUUCCCCACCUUACCAUUUCAUUCAUUGAACACGUGAUGUCAGAGGAAGCAGCAUUGUGAAUGCUCAAGUAGCUUUUCUGUGUGAAAGACUUCUUAGAACUGCAAAUCCAAGGAUAAAAGGUCAAGAGGAUGGCUGGAUGCAUUUGUACUGUGCUCUAGAUUACGUAGUCGUUUAUCAGAAUGUAUUUUGUACAGACACAAGUCUGUGCUACGUAGAGAUUGGAAACACAGCUGUUACAUCUGUGCAUGCAAAAGGCUAACCUCAGCUGGGACUUUGAGCGGCACCUGAGACUCUUUGGAAAUCUGUGAUUAAAACCGCUAGCACAGAUUGCAGAGCUCUGAAAUGGCAAACUCUUUAAUAUAUUCUUAUUUAGACACUACAAGAUACGUGCUCUACAUCUGUAACCUCCUUUGUAGUGACCGUUUUGUAAUUAUCUACAUGUACAUGUUUUGUCACUUGUUGAACAAUCUGUCAUCCUAAUAAUUGUGUAGUCAAUAGCUCAAUUUCAAAAUAAACUGAUUUAUUUUAGAUAUAUAUAUAGAUUUUUUUUAAAUUUAAAUUUACUAAAAAAAACAAUAGAGCUGAACUAUUUCUCAAGAAUUAAACUGGAGCCUGCGUAAUUCAUUGCGAAGUGCUUUGUCCAUCAAGUUAAGAUUUUUGAGCCAAAUACUCAUUUAGGUUUAUGUUCAGACAGUGUGUCCCCUAAGCAUGUUUAGCCAAAAAUGCUCACAGAGCACUCACUCCAGCUCAUAUUGUGUGUUACAACCCUUUAGCGUGUCCUAAGAUUCAGGCUUUAGUGCAAAUGAUUCAGGAGAGGCUGUAGAAACACGUGGGGGAUAUGGAGUCUUAACUUACUGCAUUUAUGGAUGAUGUCUAUAAUCAAACUGUAAAAUAAUUACAUAAAAGUAUGAAAUUAUUCGAUAAAUCUCCUUAGAUUUGUAAUAUCAUUGGUAUAAUAUCCUGUUAUUAAGCUGAACUAAAGGAUCCCUUCUGGUUGUCUGCAUUGUGUAUCAUAUCCUGCAUGCUAUGCUAUAUGCUUACUGGAGGUAAACCAGAGGCUUGUAUUGUGUGAUAAUUAGAAGUAAUUCUCCAAUCAUUAAAUCAUUACAACCUACAGCUACUAAUCCCUCCACUCCUCCGAGAGACUGACAAAGGAUCAUAAUGCUGGAGAGAUGCCUUUUGGAUCUCCUGAACUAGGCCUUUGUACAUUUAUUUAAUUUCAAAACAAAAAUAGCUUUGUUUGAUCAACCCUUUCCAACUGUAUGGACUUCAAGCUGGGUCCUUACUACUUUAUUAUAUUUCUGUACACUUUGACCUUCAUCGGAAGGUUUCUAACUUUCUUUCCUUUUUUGAUUUGUUUUUGUUUACUCCACAGAGCUGGUCUUGGAUGAAAAAACAAAAAAGGAACUUUUCACAGACACGUUUUGUAGGGUGUGCGGUGCCGUCCUGCAGUUUGAAUCCCACAGAAUAUCACAUUAUGAGGUAUGGAAAUCGGUAGAAAAGACUGUAAACGCUUUAUCAAGUUUUCUUUCUUUAACCCCUUAAGGACACAUGACAUGUGUGACAUGUCAUGAUUCCCUUUUAUUCCAGAAGUUUGGUCCUUAAGGGGUUAAAGGACCACUAUAGGCACCCAGACCACUUCAGCUUAAUGAAGUGGUCUGGGUGCCAGGUCCAGCUAGGAUUAACCCCUUUUUCUAUAAACAUAGCAGUUUCAGAGAAACUGCUAUGUUUAUAAUAGGGUUAAUCCAGCCUCUAGUGGCUGUCUCAUUGACAGCCGCUAGAGGCGCUUCCGCGCUUCUCACUGUGAUUUUCACAGUGAGAAGACGCCAGCGUCCAUAGGAAAGCAUUGAGAAUUCUUUCCUAUGGACUGGCUAAAUGCGCACGCAGCUCGUGCCGCGCAUGCGCAUUCAGCCGAUGACGACAAGGAGGAGGAGGAGGAGGAGUGUCCCCUGCCCGGCGCUGGAAAAAGAUGUAAAUUUAACCCCUUCCACCCCCUAGAGCCCGGCGGGAGGGGGGCCCUGAGGGUGGGGGCACCCUCAGGGCACUAUAGUGCCAGGAAAAUGAGUUUGUUUUCCUGGCACUAUAGUGGUCCUUUAAUACAGCUUGGGAGCCACUUGCUCUUUGAAUGCAAUAAUAUUACUUUAAGUUAAAUGGCUACCAAGCCAGAAAAUAAUUACAAUGCACAUUUCGAAAUCUACUUCCUAUUUCACUGGCUUCUCACUUUUUUCAACCAAUCAGAAUGCAAGGAGAAGUGUGUAUACAUUUUUGUCCCUAGUGCCAUAAAAGAUAAAGGUACGAGUUUAAUAUUGGCUUGUAAAAUGGAGGUUUCCCCCUGUGCUUUUUUUUUUUUUUUUUGCUGUUCUCUUAACUCUGGAUGUUUGGAGUUUUGUAUUUAGAUAAUAAAUUAACAUUUUUUUCUGUCCUUGUGAUGGACAGCUGGCAUGUGUGUUCAGCUCAUGCUAAAGGUGGGGGUGGGGGUGGGAAGAAGACACUGGUGCAGUAUCAGCACUUUACGAAAUGCACAUUUCAGUUUUAGAGUCCGAAGAUGUCAGUUAGACAUUGAAACCGAGUCAGAUACCAACUAUAUAGAGAUACCAACUAUAAUUAAAAGUUUUCAUUUACGACCAGUUUAUAUAAAUCAUAAAGACUGUUUGACUUUCAGGGCAAGAAACAUGCACAGAAAGUCCGCCUUUACAUUCAGAACAUGGACCUUGAAGAAACCCCGUCAAAAAAUCAAAACUUAGAUCAGCCUGAUUCUCAAGUAAGUGCUUAAAGGAGAAUCUCACAUUCUCAUCCUUUAUUCACCAGAAAAUGGGUCUAAUUCUCUUGUUUGGCUUCAGGUGGAUGGCAACUCUUCAAAUGACAAAAACAAAUUCUGCAGUCUUUGCAACAUGGUCUUUAGUUCAAAAGUGGUGGCCCAGUCACAUUAUGUUGGGAAGAUCCAUGCCAAGAGACUUCGGCAGCUCACUGGAGAAUCAUUUGAAUGGAUGCCACAGACCGAUCAAGCCAACAGUGCCAUGUCACCGAAUACACCCCAGGCAGACACAGGUGAAGCAAUAUUAAAUGUUUUGGUCAGCUUUGUUUAUUAUCUAGCAAUUACAUGAAAUAUCUGCUGCUUUUCAAGAUGGAUUUUUGAUGGACAGGGUGGCAAGUAUUCUUUGAAGUGUUUAUUUCCUAUUUUUGUGAGUUUGUGCUAAAUGUCACCGGCUUUAUUUUAGUUAAUUUAAUUUUGUUUUUGAUUUUUGUUUGUUUGAGGUAUUUCUUCCCCCACUUUAAAUCCCAUGCUUUAUUAAGAUAUAUCUCUCUUUUUACACUUACAUUGCACAGGGUUAUUCUCUAAACUACACUUGAGAUUUUUUUCCACAUGAACUAUUUUUAGAGAGCAGUUUUGUGAACAACCCUUAUGUAGUGUCCUUUUUCUGUGUGCAGAACAUCCGUGGUUGAGUAAUGGUAAUUUAGAUGUGGUAGAAAACUAUAAUGGACAUGAGGACAUCAUGAUAGGUUAGAUAUGUGGAGGGUUAGCUCCUACGAAAAGCCAUGUUUUCGUGUGUCGCUAGUUGUUUUGGUAUGGAAAAUAAACAGUGGUCCAGGCACUCAAGGUGAAACCAAAGCAUGCAGAUUUAUUGGAGCAGAAAUAAGCAAAGUUUCAACCCAAUCAAGGUCUUUUUUUUAAAGCUAGUAGCUUGAAAAAGACCCUGUUUGGGGUAAAAUGUUGCUUAUUUCUGUUCCAAUAAAUCUGCAUGCUUUGUUUUCACUUGAGUGCCUGGACCACUGUUUAUUUUUCAUAUCUGUUCAGCGAGGCUUAGCCAACCUCAGGCCCGGUUGCACCCUGAGGACCAGGAGAGUGCAGUGUCCUUUAUCUCAUACUAGUUGUUUUGGUAAACCAAAAAAUAGCUGCUGGUUGUAUUACUAUAGUAGCCCACCCUGGUAAAGCCCAUUUUUGGUGAUUUUGACUGCGCAGGGCAUAAAAAUGUUUUUUUGCAGUGUAGAAAAUGAACUUUAGGCACUGCACGACCAGCGACAUAACAUAUUUCGGUCAGAUGGUAUUUUGCCUGAUUUCAUUGCCAUGUAGGGGUUAAUAUGUGCCCUCAGAUGCAUGGUGUAUUACUGUGUUUUGACAGCUGUCCCACCUGUUGUAGAGUCAAGUCAACUGGAAGCAAGUACAGAACAACACUCCUUGCCUGAAAACGAGAUUGAUCUAAAUGACCCAAACAAGUACUGCAAACUCUGCUGCGCUACUUUCAAUAAAUCACUGGUAGCCCAGCAACACUACAAUGGGAAGAAACAUGCAAGGAAUGAGGCCCGGAGGAGAAUGAUGGAAAAAAUGGAGAAGGCUGGCGUGGAAUCUACUGGUAAGCUGCAGAGAACAAAAUGGCUACCAAUGUAUGGAAUGCUAGUUAUUUCCAUUUAACAGAAUCCUCUAAAUUAAGACCGAGAGACAACUUGAGAGAAAGCAUUAUCUUCAAGGUGUUACCAGCAAUUUCUGACCCAGGUUGAUACAGUGGCGGAUCCAGGGGGAGGGUGGGGGGGCAAAUGCCCUCCAUUCACACGCGCUGCCCUCCAUACACACAAUGCACUCCUCAUACAAACACACUUCACCACACACACAUUGCAUCUCUCACACACAUUGCACCCCUCACACACAAACACACUCAUAUUAUUGCCCCUAUCCCCUGUUACAGGCCCUAUCCCGGCAGAUCCCAGAUAAAUUGUCAAAUGGUUUGACUGCUUAUUCUGAGAGGGUGCCACGGAACUCCUGGAAUCAUAACCACUACAGAGAGCGGUAGUGGUUAUUGCGCCUGGAUUGUGCCUGUAAAUAAUCUCCAAGUGCCCCACCUGAGAUUCGGUUCUGGAUCCACCCCCGGGUUAAUAUUCAGAAGAAAUAUAUAUAUCACGUUUAAUUGUGAGUUAUGUCAGUAACACAUUUCGUGCCUGUCUAUAGCGCUUAGAACCUAGUUUCCAAUGUGCACAUGGCAAUGCUGCUCGGCUGUGUAUACUGUAGCUCUGUAACGUGUGUAAAGACCUGUCAGAGAGGUUCCUGAUAUGUGUCCUAAUGUCCAGAAAAGCUUUUAACUAGGUGUUUUGUAUGAUGUUUACCUUUUUUUUUGUUGUCAGUGAGCGAUGGAAAUUAUGUGUGUCCAAUCUGCAGUAUUACUCUUACAUCAAUAGAGAUGUACCAGUCUCACAUGCAAGGGAAUAAGCAUCAGAUUAAGUAAGUCAUUAUUUUUAAUUUAAUUAUUCACAAUGUAGCUUAUGAUAAAAUCCGUUCCAUGUUUUUUCAGUAAUAUGAAUAAUGUGCGACAUGGCAAUAUUUUUUAUUAUUAUUAUUGGCAUUUAUAUAGCAUCUACAAAUUCUGCAGCACUUUACAAUAUUAUUAAGGGGACUUUAACAACAAAUGAGAUUUUGUCUUCCGUUGGUUCAAAGUGGUGUCCCACGUGUCUGUUCUUUCCAUAAUGCCGCUCCCUGUUGUGGCUGUAGCCACUCUGACUCCUGCCAUUUUACAGGAGAGAGUAUUAUGUUCAGGGCUGCCAUCAUGGCAUGACAACAUAUAUAUAUAUGUGCAUUUUUGGCCCUCAGCUACCUGUACACUGCAGGGAGCUUAGCACACUCGAUAUACACUUCCCAGCUGCUCUGCCCGUCUUUGUCGCAAGUGCUGCGAUUGUCAGAGGGUUACCAUGGCAAGGCUUUGCACUGCUUGCGAGAGUUACAGUGCAGAGCAGCUGGGAAGUGUAUAUGGAGUGUGCUGGACCCCCGGCAGUUUACAGAUAGCCGGAGGCCCACACCAUGCCACUAGACCAGAAUGUGAUCUCCCCCCUCCUUGGCCACAGGUAAGACGCAGGGAGGGGGGAGUAAAAUAAAAUGUAUUACAAUUAAUGUGGAAAAAAAUACCUGAAACAAAAGAAUCUUGAAAAAUUAAAUACAGAGGUUCACUUAUUUCCACACUCAGCUCCUUAAGUACGCGUGGGUGGAUACCGUCAGGCCCCGUAGCUUUAUUUACAUUAAUUUUCUUUAAUAGCUGUAGCACCUUGUCUCGAGUUAUCCAAUCACAAGUUAUCGGCAAGUUUUUUGCAGCAAUCAUUUGCAUAUCUCUUGCCAUAGGGUCAUCAAUGUAUACUGAAGAAAAAUAGUUAUUUAAAAUUUCUGCCAUUUCCUGGUCUUCAUUAAUUAACAGACCCAUCUCUGUUCCCAGUGUACCUACACUUUCAUUUUUUGUUUUUUUAGUAUUGAUGUACUUGAAAAAAUGUUUAGGGUUGGUUUUGCAUUCUUUGGCUAUCAAUUUCUCAUUUUCUAGUUUAGCCACUUUAAUUGCCUUUUUGCAAGUAUUAUUGGGUUCCUUAUAUCUUAUAUAGGAUGCCUCUGGUUUGUCCAAUUUAAAUGCUUUAAAUGCCCUUUUCUUAUUUUUAAUCUCUUGUUUUACUUCUCUACUAAGCCAAAUUGGUUUUAAUUUAUUUCUUUUAUAUUUAUUACCCAAUGGUACAUACUGAGAAAUGUACCUUUAUAAUAUUUGAAUAGUUUCCAUUUUUCCGUGUGUUUUUAUCACUAAGUAGUUUAUGCCAGUCGAUAUGUUGUAGGGCUGCCCUAAUCUUAUUGAAAUUGGCUUUUUUUAAAUUAUACGUUUUAAUAUACCCCACGUGCUUUUGCUUUUUUGAGUUUAUUUCAAAAGUUACCAUAUUGUGAUCACUAUUUCCCAAAUGCUCCCCUACUUAAAUGUUGGUUAAAAGAUCAACAUUGUUUGUUAUAACGAGAUCCAGACAAGCAUCCUUUCUAGUUGGUGCUUGUACCAGUUGUGACAUAAAGGUGUCAUUUAACACAUUCAAAAACCGGAUUCCCCUUGCUGAAGUACUAGUCCCUCUAUCCCAAUUUAUGUUCGGGUAAUUAAAAUCUCCAAUAAUUAACGUGUUACCCCGAUUUGCAGCUUUCCCAAUUUGCGCUAACAGCUGUUCUUCCUCAUUGAAAUAUUUAGAGUAAGUGGUUUAUAACAUAUCCCAAACAAUAAUUGAUUUCCCUUUGUUUGCCCCAUAGCAUAAAGCACCACAACCUGUCUAGACUUCCUUACCCUCUCAACCCCACCCGUACUAGAGGGGCUGUUCCCACGGCUGUUAGGAGGAACAGCUUCCUGCAGUACAACUACUCCUGAGCUGAUGCUCCCACACACACUACAUCCUUACACAAACACGCACUCUUCAUUCACUACACAAACACACACUCUGCAGUAACUAUACACACUACAUCCACUACAUAAACAUACAGUCGGCAGUCACUAUAUACACCACAUCCUUACACACACACACUGUGAAGUCAAUAUAUAGACACUACAUCUACUACUAAACACUUUCUGCAUUCAUUAUUCACACACUAUGUCGAUACACAAACACACUCUGCAGUCAGUACACACACUAUAUCCACUACACAAACACACAAUCUGCAUUCACUUUACACACACUGCAUCCACUACACAAACACACGCUCUGAAUCUAAUACACAAAAACACUACAUAUAUUACUUGCACAAUCUGCAUCCACUAUACACACAUCCAUGACACACACACACCUCAUCCACUUUACACAUUCUACAUCCACUAUACACACACCACAUUCACUACACACAUACACUUCAUCCUUGUGGGUGGACUCGGGGGCAGGCCCUCCAGACGGACUACUGUGUGGCCCUAUGGGCAGACUCGGUGGCGUGCCCCUGGAACCCAGAACUUGAGCUGUGUCAAGGACCCCAAAAUAUUUGAUGGCAGCCCUGAUUAUGUUCACCGAUUCAGAAAGAAGUGAUAUAGGGCUAUAUAUUCCUGGCCUGAAAUGUUCAGCCUUCAUCUUCUUCUCUUCAAGUGCUUGAUUUUUUUUCUGCUGCUGAGUUCCACUGUUAAAGGACCACUAUAAGCACCCAGACCACUUCAGCUCAAUGAAGUGGUCUGGGUGCCAGGUCCAUCUAGUGUUAACCCUGCCUGCUGUAAUCAUAGCAUUUUCAGAGAAACUGCUAUGUUUCACUGAGUGUUAAUCAAGCCUCUACUGGCUGUCUCACUGACAGCCGCUAGAGAUGCUUCCGCUCUUCUCACUGUGAAAAUCACAGUGAGAAGACGCUGGACGUCUCAAUGCUUUCCUAUGGACUGUUUGAAUGCGCGCGGCUCUUGCCAGGCAUGCACAUUCAAAGCUGACGUAGGGAGAGGGAGGAGAGUUCCCCAGCGCCAGGGGAGAAAGGUAAGUGUUUAACCCCUUCCUCCCCCAUCAGCCCAGCGGGAUGGGGGCCAUGAGGGUGGGGGGGACCUAGAGACCCUAUAGUGCCAGGAAAACUAGUUUGUUUUCCUGGCACUAUAGUGGCACUUUAACUCAAACCUGCAUUAUAGGCUGAGUGUAUUUCAACAAACUGAAACAGAAAUUAACAGCUACUUAGAUUUUAUGUAUCUUCCCCAAAUGUGUUUAAAAUGAACUGAAACACAUAUACACAAUGCAGUUUUAUGCUAUUUAUACUCCUGCAAGAGAAUUCCGCGCACUCCACACAUUAAUGUUUCAAAUUAGCUAAAUGGCAUAAGCCUAUCCAACUGCAGCUUGGCUUGGUAGUUGAGUUAGUUUUAGCCCGUCAAGACUUAGUUAAAGGAACAAACAUAUUUACUGUAAAAAGUUUGUGAAGUUUAAAGGAGAAAAUAUGCAAUUUUUAGAACAAGUUUUAAUGUUUGUCAUUAACCUAUUGUGUGUAAUAAUCAUUAGAAAUUUAUUAUGUGCUAUUCACGUCCGCUUUGCCACCAUAUUUACUGUCUAAGAACCAUGACCUAUACAGCCUAUUGUAGUGGAUAUGGUGCAAUGCGCCUUUGGGUGCAAUGUUUAAAUCAAGUGUAUUUAAGAGAUGUGACAAAAAUUUUGUGUUUCUAUGGCACCAAAAGCCACCUCUCCUUAAUUAAAUGUCAUAAUGAGGAAGCUCCGUAUCAUCUAUUCUAACAUUCACAUAUAGUGUAUCUGUGCAAUUUUGUGAUAUUUCCUAUAUAGUAACUGUUCUUUUCCUCAUAGACAAAAUAUUAAAAAAAAAUAGUUUUUUUGUUUUCUUUGAACUUUUUGAACACUUUAUUAAACGAUUUUUUUUUCUCUACAGAGAAAACAUAGUUGCUAAUUUAAUGAAGACAUCAAAUAAAUCUUAUGAUUCUUUUCAAGAUGAGUUGGCAGACUACAUAAAAGUACAAAAGGCCAGGGGAUUGGAGCCUAAAACCCAGUUUAGACAGGAAAAGGAUCAGUAUGACAGUUGUGAUGAAGAGGAAUUAGAGGACAGGCCUCCGCUAAGGCAUACAAACUCUAAGAUGAGCGUCCCCUAUAAAUAUAUUGAUCACCAUUCCAUUCCUUAUGCACCAUUUAAUUCAUCUCACCCGGAUGAUCAACGAAAAGCUGCUUGGAAAGCACGCUGGGAAGUUUCCCAAUCUCAAAAUCUAAACAAGGCCGCAUACUUUAAAAUGCAGAACACCAGACACAAUAUUCAUGCCUCGUCCAGUCAGGGUUCCAGCGAUGACUAUAAAGGGUCUUCUUCAGAUGAUAGUGAUAGUUCCCAUCAUAGAGAUAAAAGGCACAAAAGGAAACAUCACAAAGAAAGCAAACACAGAACUGGCACCAAAAUCAAACAAGAGGAAGAGGCUCCAGAGAGGAAGAAGAGGAGACUUGAGGAUGAAUAUUCUGGAAAAGAGGAGGAGAAACAAGAAUGCAAGAAAGUGGAAGUGGAGAUAACUGUGGACAAAUCUAAACAGAAGAAGGAGAAGAAGAAAAAAGAGGAACAGUCUGACAGAGAUAGCAAAAAACACAAGAAAGUAAAGAAAGAGGGGGACCAAAGAACAGAAGAGGAAAUCCUCUGGGACGAAUCCAUACUGGGAUUUUGAAACUCACAAUCUCAGUAGAGGAGAAGAAAAAUUCUCGUAGUGUGUCAAGUCUUGAGCAGAAAAAAAAGAAGUCUAAAAAAAUAAAUACGUUUAUAUAAAACUUGCACAUUCAUGACAAAAUCAUGAAUUUAGUAACCAGGGAAAUUUAACUCAACCAGAGGACAUUUAACAUUUUAGCAGUGUGGUAAUCAAGCUGUGAAAGAGGCUUGUACAGAAUAGUAGCUGGAUCUUGAAUUUGUAUUGUAUUUUGCAAAUUUGUCUUAUGUAAAAUGUUUAAUUUAUUUUUUUUCUUUUUAUUUACUGAUAUUUCUAGGUGGUAGCUUUUUUUUUUUUUUUUUUCUAGGAAACUAACAUUUCCUUACUACACGCGUUAUUCUCGAACAUGUCGGCUGCUAUACAGAAAAAAACGAAAUUGUAUAAGAAUAGUGUAAAUCUAUAUAUUUACUCACAAGCAAGUUGAGGACAGUUUCUAUUAGUAAAAUAACCAUCUAGGAGUUGCCAUUGUCACACUUUGUGUUUCUUAACCAGUAAUUUUUACAGUUUAAUUUUUAUAUUCUGAAAAUAUGCUAUGCUGGUUAUUUCUAAAAUUUAACACAUAUUUAUAUAUAUAUACUCUAUUUGUCAUUCUUUCCACCAUAUUGUGUCCUCUCCUACCUCUGUCAAAAAUAUUUCUUGGCACUCUACAAAGUAAACCUGUUAACACGGUUAUAGAGAGCCAAAAAAGAGAUUGAAAGCAAUUUGAACUGUUCAUAUAUAGGGACCAAAAACGAAAUAAACAUUAGCAGGGCUAUUUACUAUAGAGUGGUUUGCUGUGGAUGCCAAGUGAUUUAAACAUUUUAGGUUUAAGUAGCAGAACACAAAGCAUAUCUGGGUAUUUUAUUCCAGUUUGCCUACUUUGCCUGAAAUAUUCACACCUGCAGGCCUCUAAAAUUAUGUCAUGAUAUGUUAAUGCAAUGUACCCACCAAAGACUUGAAAAUAGUUAACCUUUGUUACAAAUGAGGUUGAAAAUAGUAAAUAACCCGUAUGUUUGCUUUUUGGAUGUUCUUGUUUUUUUGUUUUUUAUAUUAUUUAAACCACAGAUGUGUUAACAAAUUUAAUACUUAUAAGAUUCAUGUUUAGUUCAUAGGCUUCUGGAAAAUACAAAUGUCUGCUUAAGUGUGAAGCUAGUUCGUUCUGGACUUUUAGUUAGACAGAAAAAGUACAAAGCUGUCUCCUACUAAUUUUAUCUACUAAAUUCAUGUCCUCAGAUUAUGUAUUUAUUUACUAAACUCCGUAUUUUUGAUCACUGAUUUGCAAAAUUUAGGUUAAAAUAACUGCUCUGGAAAAAGCGUAUUCAGCUCUGCUUAACUUGCAGGCUGACUGUUUAAGCCUGAAUUUCAGAAUUUAGAGUUUAAUGCAGUCAUAAUUCAGAGUUUAGUGAAUAACAUUAAAUGAAUUUCAAUCGGGCACGCAUACAAAUGUAGUUAAUAUGGUGCUUACAUACAAAGGUAGUUUUUGGGAUACCAGUCCCCUAGCUCAAAGAUUUGUGAAGUCACAAUGGCUCAACCAAUUAUAUUGGAAUCUGAAUAAAAAGAGAAGGGAUAAAAAGGGACACUACAAACCCCCUAAAUCUUAUUAGCUAGUGGUUGUUUUUUUUUUUUGCAUUUUACAAAAUGUGCUGAUUUCACUAUAAAUUGCAACUUUUAUUAAUGAGCCUUGUUACACCCUCCUAGUCCCCCUGUCAAUCAGACAGCCGGUCCUUUUGUUUCCUGGUUGUUUAGCUCCGUGAAGAUGAGGCAACAAUUGCCCAGAGCCACCUGCUUUGCAAAGAAUUAUCAUUGAGUUGCAUUGGUAUGUCUGUGAUUGGACAUUCACAGAAAGCCUGGGUGGGCUUGUAAAAGCUGCAGACAAGAGAUUUGUUUUUAGAUAUAACC